AUGAUUGCCCCUUCGGAACCUGUCCCGUCCUCCAACUCUGCUGCAGCCCUCACCCAAUUCUUUCCCGGUGCCGACUUCAAGGAGGCUUUCAAUGAGAAGGUGAUCUUGAUUGUGGGUGGUGCCAAUGGCAUUGGAGCUAGCCUUGUUGAGCUCUGUUGCCAAAGCGGCGCUCACGUCUGCAUUGGCGAUAUCGAUGUCGCCCAAGGAGAGGCCCUAAGCAAGAAAUGUCGAGACAAGUGGCCUGUCUACUGGGACCCGGCCCUUCCACCCAAGCCUCCCCGAACCUCCUUCUACACCGCCGACAUCACCGAUUACCAGGCCGUCGUCUCCCUCUUUGACCGUGCAUUCAAGACCUACAAGCGUAUCGAUCAUGUGGUUGUCACAGCGGGCAGCAUGGAGGCGGGCAACAAUUGGUUUGACCAAAAGUUGAGUCUGGAGUCGGUGCAAGAGCCUCCUUCUAUGAAGGAUAUCGACGUCAACCUCAUCGGUUCACUCUAUGUGACCCGUAUUGCGAGUGUCUACCUCCGCCAUAACCGUGGGCCAGGAGUGGAUCGAUCCAUUUUGCUGUUCUCCUGCGCCGCGGGCUUCAAGGAGACACCGGGUGUAUCUAUCUACCAGGCCUCCAAGCACGGUGUGCAAGGCCUCAUGCGCUCUCUUCGUCCCUACUUCCCCUCGCCAUACAAACAUAACCUCCGCAUCAAUACCAUCUGCCCCUGGAUGACGGAGACCCGCACUACCCUUACAAAGACCGUGCACGACCGCUGGACCAAGGAAGGCUUGCCCGUGAGCACCCCUCAGGAGGUGGCUCUCGUCUCUGCUGGCGUGUUAGCGAACGACUCUCUAAAUGGGACAUCCAUGUACGUGGAAGGGGGCCGUGCGUGGGAGAUCGAAGCCAAUAUCGAUCGCUUAGAGCCAGAGUGGCUGGGAGAGGAACCGUCCAAAACGCUGGCGUUAGGACAGAAGGUACUUAAUGACGCAUGGGCUGCGUAG